CAGAAAAUUCGCGAAUUUCAAAGUUUGGAAAGAAAGCCGAGAAUUUUCAUGAUGUCUCUUGAUCAAAUUGCUUCAAUCCAGUUCCUGUCUCAAGAUGUACAAAAUCAACUAAGAUCUGGCGUUGCCACACCAUCAGUUGUCCAAUGUGUAGAGGAAUUGGUUGUGAAUAGUAUUGACGCUGAAGCUUCUUGCAUCGCUGUUCGUGUGCAUCUACCUGACUGUCAAAUUCAGGUCGUAGACAAUGGAAGGGGGAUGACUAAAGAUGAUAUGCUCUGUGUGGGUGAGAGAUAUGCUACAAGCAAAUGCCAUAACACAAAAGACCUUGAAGAUAUAUCCCAUUAUGGAUACAGAGGAGAAGCUCUUGCAAGUAUAAAGGAAAUUUCUUCAGUGUUGGAGAUCACUUCACGAGCCAGAGGGUCUGAACUUACCUACAGUAAACUCUUUCAUCAUGGAAAGGAUCAAGGUGUCACAAAGGCUUCAAAGGUUAGGCUAAGUGGAGGGACAACAGUCACAGCCCGAAAUGUUUUCUAUAAUUUACCAGUAAGGCGGAAGAUGCUGUCCAGUCCCUUGGUGUAUGAACAAAUCUGCAAGCAACUACAGGCAAUAUCUUUGAUUCACCCACAGAUUUCGCUUACUCUUCGAAAUGACAGCACAGGAGUAAAAUCAAUACAAACGCACCACUCGUCAUCAGUUGUUCAAACGUUUGGGUAUCUCUUUGGUAAAGAUGUGGUAGGUGGCUUGAAAGAGGUGAAUCACAUUCACGCAGUCUUCAACAUUUCAGGGUUUAUUGGAUCAACAAGUCAUCGGAACAAGUCCCUGCAAUUUGUUUAUGUGAAUGGAAGAUUGAUUCUGAAGACAAAAAUUCACAAACUUGUGAAUGAGCUUCUCAGUAACUCACUUGUUACUAAGAGUAAAGGAAAAAAUCAAAACAUGUCGCAAGGAUACAGCAUGUCUGCCACAUGCCAACCUAGUCCUGGGGGAAAUCAAAUGGAGUAUGGCAUCUUUGUUUUGAACAUCACUUGCUGUCGUAAUGAAUAUGACAUCACGUUUGAUCCAGCCAAGACCUUAGUUGAGUUUAGGGACUGGGAAGGAGUCGUAACCUGUGUGCAUGAGCUUGUUACAUCUUUUCUUGAGAGGGAGAAUCUUACAAUGAAAUUUAAUGUUGCACAGACAGGAAGUGAAGCAGGACGUAGUAAUCUUAUCAUACCAAAUGAAACCGAAGUGUGUGCCAGUGUCAUCAGUACAACUGAUUGUAAAAAUGCUGUUCAGUCAACAUGUGUUAGAAGACAAAUUGUCCAGCCAGAUGUCAGCACCAUGUUGAAUAACCUGAAUCCCUGUAACAUAGAGAGAGUAGAGGAGGAUAAAGCUGACUCUCAUACGACAAAUAAUUCUGACAGGAUACCAGAUGCAUUUGGAGAUGUCAAUAAGAUCAGAGAAACUGAAAUCCCGCAACCAGAUGCAUGUGACACAAAUAAACAUGUGGACACAAAUAAACAUAUGGAGGAGGUUCUUACAGCAUAUGCAAGUGACCAUUCAGAUCCUAAUGCAGAUCCACAUUGUCAGCUCUCUGAGGAGACUUUGGUUAAUAGACCCAUGCCAAAAACACCUGAUGAUAAGAAAGAUGAUAGUUCUCAAAAUAUGAAGUCUCUGACUUCAAACUUGUCUUGUAAUAGGGAAGGAAGUGCAGCCAUCAGUGCAGCUCAUUGGACACCACCAUCAUCAGAACUAGAUGUAGGAUCGAGUGAGGAGACUUUAACUAGCAGUGAAGUGGAAAUUGGAACACCUAAGUCGGGAGUACAUCAGUGUUGUGAUGCUCGCUGUUUGUCAAUGAGAAGAGAUGACACUGACUCAGGACAAGAAGUUGUUGAUCUUGUUUCUCCUCGAACUAGGAUUGCUGUCAAAGCAAGAAAUACACUUUCAAUGUUUCGAAGAUCAGUAAAAAAGAAAAAAAUGACUAAGGCUGCAAAGGAUGAUUCAUCUCAGAAAUCAGAACAGAAAGUUAAUAAGCAUCUGCAAUCUGCUUCAGCCAAUGAGCACAAAACAAUUGCAUUGAGAUGGUACCGUAGUCCAGGAUUUCGAAGCACAUUGGAGAGUUUGAAUAUCAAAUGUAAGGACAGGCAGGAACAGGUGGAUAUGCUUCAAAGGCUAUCAUCAUCUAGUGGGCCCAGUCAAUCAAACGGUCACACCAAUGCUUUUACUUUUAGUUCAGAAAGUGGCAGCUCAAUGAAGGAAGCAUGUCUAAGCAAUCAACAAGCAAUUGCUGAUGAGAAGAGCAAACUUGGUAAUCAAGCAAAAACUCAUAUGGCUGAUGAUAACAAUGCACCUGGGCUGAAGGUUAAUGAAAAAGAGAAUGCUUGUCUUGUCAUUAUAGAGAAUAAAAAAUGUAAUCCAAGUGAACAUAUGAAGCCACAUGACUCAGAAGAGCAAAACAUACAUGAUGCACCCAAAGGUGGCUGUACAAAGAACACCAACAGAGAACACUGGGAAAGACAAAGAAGUGAUAGUAAUAUGUCAGAUCUUCCCAGACACUCUACUAUGGAACUAACAAACAGUAGGAAGAUAGCAGAUCCUCCUGAUUCUCCAAUUAGUUCCAAGGCAUGGAAGCAGAGCAGUGGAUGUAAUUUAAGAGAACGAAUGGAAUCGUAUGUUCAAGACUCAGAAGGGCAACUCGUGGAUGUUGCAGCCAGAGAUGACUGUAUUGAAAGCUCUAGUAGAGAACACUGUGAAAGAAAGAGCAUUGUUGUCAAUACCUCAUAUAUUCCAAGAAACUCUACUUUAGAAUCAACACCUACUUUGAAGAGAGUAGCAGAUCCUCCUGAUUCCCCAGUCAGUUCCAAGUGGCAGAAGCUGACCAGUGGAUUGCAAUCAUCAGCAUCUGCUGAGGUGCCAGUGAAGUUCUUGACAUCUACCUCAUUCAUGGUGAGUGCAUGUGAGGUCUUUGACAGAGAAACUUUGCAAAGCUCUAGUCCAACAGAUGAUUGCACUCAAAUUAGCAAUGAAGAACUUGAACAAUCAACGAGCGAGGGUGUUAGAGCAGCAAGUGAUGAUUGUCAGGUUCCACUUCCAGUUCAGGAGAGGCCUUGCACUGUACUUGAAACUGAACCAUUUACUGUUGAGAUUGCUGAUGGUGCACUUGAUCUUUGUGAAAUUGUUAAUGAAAAGGGAACAUUAGGUAAUAACACAACCCAUUGGAUGGAAGAAGAUACCACAGGAAUCAAUGCAAGGGAUAUCACAGAAAUGAAUGAGUUUGACACAAUGGCAGACAGUGGACAAAGUGCUAUCAAAAUCUUCCAGACAGACCAUAACGACAAUGAAUUAAAGGAAAAUAAUGCAGAGAUGACCACUGAUCCUGGUACCUAUAUGGAUGAAGAUUCUGGUCUGUUGGAUGCAAGUGAUCCAGAUGACUCAAUAUCUUUAUUUCAUAUACCUCACCAUGACGAAGAAAGAACAUUUUGUCUUGAUACUGUCGUAGUAGCGCCAGAAAAUAGAGAUGACAGUACUGCUACCAAAAAUGAUGCCCGAGAAAAUUCAAUUCCAAAAGAGGCACCAUUAUCAUCAAAAUCAACCAAUGUGCAUGGGGGAAGAGACCAAUUUGGUAUCAAUAUUGACCUAGCUCCCAUACAACAUUCUUGCCUUGAAGACAUCCAUUCUAUCAAAAUAUGCAAAGGAGCUGAUGAAAAUGUACCUAGUGCAGUAGAGGUACCUGAAAUACAGGUUUCCAGUGAAGGUAACCCAGCUACUGAAUCAGAAAUAAGAAUGUGUGAGUCUUCUUAUACCACUCAACGGGAGGACAUGGAUACCAAAGAUUCAUCAGGGAGAAAUGACCCAGAUGGUAAAUUUGUGAUAGAGAGCAGAGAGUGGUACAGUGUCUAUGAUGCUUCCAGGGGUAGGAAGAUCUUUAUUAAUCGCUUCAAUGGGAACUGCUCUUCUGACAAGCCAGAUGAUCUAGUGUUGAACCAGGAUUCAAGGCAGAUCAAUGUAGAUCAUCAGUUUACCAUGGUGACUAAAAAUGAUACAUUAGCCCAUCCUCAUCUUCCUCACAGUGCAGCCCCUUUUGUGAAUAACUUGCGUGAUAAGAAAGAGUCAUCAUCCCAUUCCCAUGAUCCUCCAGUCACACCUGCUACCUUGGCAACCGUUGAUGCUGCCAUGGAAGAAAGCCAAGAAGAAGAUGAUGAGUUGUCCAUUGUCAAGUGGGGCAAGAGAAGUCAGAUUUCUGGAGAUAGCUGCAAUGAAGGUCCACAAUUCUCAAAAUACAAUCAAGAAGGCACAGGAUACGGAUUUCUGACUUCUGUGAGUGAGGGAUUUCCCAACAUUGAUGUAAAGUUCCAGGCUAAGGUUCUCGCCUCACUCAAUCCAUGUCAGUUCACCAAAGGCAUGUUUGCAAGCAUGAAGGUCCUCGGUCAGGUAGAUAAAAAGUUCAUAGCCUGCCUGGUUAACAGUGAUUAUGAGAAGAACCCCGCAGGAGAGCCUAAUCUUCUUAUUCUUGUUGAUCAACAUGCUGCACAUGAACGCAUCAGGCUGGAAAUGCUCACUCAAGAUGCAUAUACAAGCCAUUGUGAUAAUCCUGAUGAUAGCAACGCUGACCAAACAAGAUGUAUCCGUACUUCUGAUGUCACUCCAGCUCUUCCUAUCAGUCUAUCUUCAUCUGAAUUAAGACUUCUGGAGGCUUAUCCUCAGAAGAUGAAGAGGAUUGGUAUAGCAUACCAAUUGUCUGAAGAUAGUGCCUUGGUUACUCGGCUACCAGCUUGUGUGGUAGAAAAAGAAGCAAAUGAGCUCAAAAGAGGUCGCCAAACCAUAGCUACCAGUGUGGCAGAGACGUUGAUCAAGGAAGUAUUGGACUCGCUACAGCAUCAAUCUGGAGCCGUUUCAUCCUUACCUAAGACCAUCACAAGGAUUCUUAACUCUCAAGCUUGCCAUGGUGCUAUCAAAUUUGGGGACACCCUUGAUCUUGCUGAAUGCAAGACUCUGAUUGGUCAGCUCUCAUCAUGUGACUUGCCUUUUCAAUGUGCCCAUGGUCGUCCAGCACUCAUGCCCAUUCUCGACUUUAAGAAGAUAAAGCAUGCAAACCGCAAAAAGGUUACACCUUCACCACCACAAGUUUGGAAGCUGAAGUAUCUCACGUCAGGUAUGAAUAUACAGGGUUGACUUGAUAUCAUUUCAGAUUAAACACAUGUAUUGAUGGAGAUUAAUUAGCCUACUUUUGGUCCCACCAAAGGGGCUACAGAUACAUACUAAACUGAUAUCAAAGGAUCUCCCCAAAUAAAAGUGGCAUAACUUUUUAUCUUAAAGGUUUUUGAGCAUGUUUGGUCACAAUUUUUAUUCCCCUUUUACCUAACUUCUCUGUAAAAAUAAAAUUUAUCAGUUGGGUCAUGCAUGAAUGAGCACAUAUAAAAUUCAGAAUUGGUACUUUUUUAAGUCACGUGGGUUGUAUGUUGUCAGUCAAACUUUUAUUUGGUGAAUGUUCAAGUGCUGUGAUAUUUUUGGUUUCAUCGCCAGAUCUAGUCACACAGAUCCAGACAUUGAUCAUGUAUUGCAUGGAUCAAUGAACUUAAAUUAGAGGGAAAUUCCCUAUGUUCAGCUUUCCCAAACUUUGGAUCGCUAACAUUCAGACUAUUGUAAAGUAGACAAUUUGCUAGGAAAAAAAUGCUAUCAUUAUAAUCUUAAGAGGUAAUUUUAACGUUUUUUAGUUACCCAUUUAAAUAAAAAACAAGAAAUACACCUGUACCAAAGUUAUUUCUUGAUAUGCAAUAAAUGAUUUCCUGUGAGCUUUGAAAAAUGUUUUGCAUUUGAAGUGAUCCCAUCAUGCAUGACAUGACAGAUAAUUUCAUGUUUACUCAGAAGUAUAGGAGAAACUUUCUAAGUUAUUUGCUGAAAACCAUUUUGUUAAAAUGUUGUGUCAUUUUGAUUGAAGGGGACAUUAUUUUUAUGUUGUUUACAAUCUUUGACCGAGAAGAAAUAAUAAAACUUUAUGGGUUGUACCAGAGACAUGAAGAUAAACAAAUCUCGAAAUAUACUUUUAACUUUAACUCCUCAUAACGUGCGUCCAAGUCUAAUUUCAUCUUUGAGGUAGCCUGCAGAGCCCUUUGAAGAUUAUAGCAGAUAAUGAUGAUAACUGUUUUCUUGAAACAAUAAAAGCAAAUGACAAUGAGUAGAUCGUUAUUUAAGCUUCUGUUCAAUUCAGAAAUCAUUGAACAUGUUUUGCAGAUAUGUGCCAUAGCCAUACAUGUCACAAGCGUAAGAAAUGCAGUUGAGUUUGCAUGAAUCUUCCCAAAAAUCGAAUUUUGCCUGAGUCAAAGAGAUUUCUGUGAUCCCAAUAAAUUUGAAUAGGCAGAUAUUAUGAAGAGAAGAUUAUUCAACUAAUGCUAAGGUCACCUGGACACAGCUGCCUCUAUUAUGGAGAAUUCAGUAUGGAAGCUUGGCUCAACCUUACAACAAAAGUAAACUAAUGUGCAGAACACUGAAAAUGUCAAAAUGGAAUGAAGACUUAAGAAAGUAUAGCCUUUUUGUAAAUUUUAUUCGAUUUCUCAAAGCAGUUAUAAGUACAACAGUCGCAGUAUGCAUAUGAGAGAGACAAUGAUGACAAACAGCUGGAAUUUGAAGUAUUUCAUUAUUCUUUUGAAACGAUGUUGAACAUGAAUCCUUACAUGACAUGUGAAAACCAUCAGCAUUGUAGCUUUAUGUGAUUCAAUGAUAACUUUCUUUAUGAUGUCUAGUUAAAUUGUAAUUCCAUAAAGAAUCAUAUCCACACCAUCUUUUUGUGUUUUGUGACCUUCUCGACUCAUAGGUGAAGUCCUUUAUUAGUACUAAUGUCUUUCAAAUUCAUUGAAGAUUUUUCAUUGUCUGUGGUGAGGCCUUUCAUUUGCAUACUAAUUUCAAAUGUGAACAUAACAUUUUGAAUGAUUUAGUAACCUUAUGCAUUCUUUCAUGUAGAAAGGAUAUAGAAAUAUACAUGUACGGCUUGUCAAAUGAUGUAAAAACAAGGAUCCUCUUAUCAAGGAGAUGCUACUUCUUGCUGGAAAUGUCUUUCAUAACAUUCUGAUGAAAACUUCUAUUUUAAAUAUUUGAAUUGAAUUGAAUAACUUUAUUGUCCAUAAAGGAAAUUCUCUUUUCACUGGUUUACACACAAGUAGAUGCAAUGUAUAUACACAGAACGAAACAAAAGAUGAUGAAAACAUGUCAACAUGGGGAAAUAUAUCCAACUCAGGUAUGCAUGGUUCUCUAAAAAAAUUACAAUAAUCAAGUAUUUGAAUUUUGAAAUACAAGUCAAGGUUAAAGUCGGGUUUAGGAAUAGAUUCAUAUUCCAAAAUAAUCAUGUUUAGUUAUACAUGUACUGUAUUUAUCGGCAAGAAGUAAUGGCCAAUUAAUUUAUCUAUUACCUUCUUGCUCUGAAAAAAAGACUUAUGAAUUGCCUCAAUUCCAUACAUUUUAUACCUGUAGAGAUCACUGAAAAUGUAUUUCAAGAUUGAUGAAACACCCAGGGAAUAGAAAAAAGGAAUUACUUGAGAAAUAAAUAAAAAUAUGAUUCAUACAGGACCUGGAAAGGAUGAUAUAGGUGCGUAUUCCCAUCUACAGGGGGGGUAUCAACUAAGAUUGAUGGCACACUCCCAUGCAGUGUGCGAUGUAUAUAUGGUGAUUGCAUACAAAUUAUUCCAUGGGCAAAAGUCAAGAUUCAAGAUUAUAUAUGAGAAUUGCAUGAGUGAUAGUUAGCCCCAUGAAAACUGAACAUUGAACCAAGCAUAAGACUUAACCUCACGCUUAAAAAUUUAUGAUGAUUCUUGACCUCACAUAAUUAUCAACCAAAGUCAUAUUAUAACACAUUGAUUCAGGGGCCGCGGAACCGGGGGGGCUGGGGGGCUUCAGCCCCCCCCACUUUUUUCCAAAACCGUGUACAAAAACUUAAAAAUGACCAUAUGAUUGUGAUUUUUAGCAUGGUCAGCCCCCCCCCCACUUUUGGCUCAGCCCCCCCACUUUGAAAACCGUUCCGCGGCCCCUGUGAUUCUUCAGAGGAAUAUAGACAGGGACCAUUGUGCAUUGAGAAAAGUGAAAUGAUUUGUAUACAUGUUACUCAUGAAAUGAGAGUACCUUAUGAGGAUAAUGAAUGUCUGAAAGACUUAAACUCUUGUUUGAAUUUAACCUGAAGGUUUG